UUAAGAAAUGAAGAUAACUGAAGCAACCAGACUAGUCAAAGUAACUUCCCUCCUUAGAAAACAGUGACCCCAAAAAUAAGGCCAUGGACCUCACUACCCAUAGACUCAUCACUCACUCAACCUUCGUCAUUCUUGGUACCACAACACAUAAAAACCAUCUCUUUUAGCUUCAACAUCUUUCUUUUUUCUUCCUUUUCUUCACCAUCUUUUCUUCUGAUUUCAAAAACCACCCUUUGAACAGAAAAAAAAAAAACAUGAACAUGCAUACAAAAAACAAAGACUAUUACAACAACAACAACAACAACCCUUUUGUUGAUGAUUUCAUUGAUCCACUUUGCAACCUCAACCUAAGAGAAACCUCUGAGUUUGUCAAGUCUUUCCCACUACCAAACCCCAAUGCAGUCAACACAAGAUUCACCAAUGAUUCUUCAACUCACCUCAGAAAGCUAGAAGCUCCUUCAACACCAGGAAGACCACUUUUCAGCUUCAGCUCUUCUUCAUCUUCUCUUGCUGGAAGAAACAAUCUUCCUAGAAAGAGUUUUCCUUCCAAAUGGGAUGAUGCUGAAAAAUGGCUCAUAAGCACUUCCUGUCAUGACUCACCAGCUCACAAUAACAGCAACCUUAAACAUGUUUCUUCAGAUUCCUCAAACAUUGGAACCAAACAAUGUGAUAAUAGUAAUAAUAGCUUUAAGCAGAAAGUGGAACAAAAGGUUUCAAAAGUUGUUACUAAAUGUCAAAGUUCUUCUUCAUCUUUGGACCACAAUAAAGCUUUCAAUGGAAUCUCAUAUCCAACAGACAUAGUUCUAAAAGAUAAGUUUACAGAAAGCAUAGAACCAAAAUUCAUCUAUUCAGAACCAACAAAAGAAGGAUUCUUGUUUAAGAAUCAAGCUUAUGAUGAAUCAAUGAAUAAUGAUGCUGCUUACACAGAAGUGAUUCAUGAGGUUAAGCACAAGGAUGUUGGCACGGAGAUGACUCCGUUGGGAAGUUCCACGACUUCGAGAUGUCAUACGCCGUUCAAGAGUUCAUCGCCUGCGCGACACAAUACUCCGGCUAGUAGAUCAGGACCGUUGGCGUUGGAUAAUGUCGAUGGGAAUGGCUGCAGUGUGGAUGGUAUUAAGCUGGAAGAGUGUCAUUUUGAUAAACUGCAAUGUGGAACAAUGAAGUAUGAUAUGGUUGCGCCGAAUUGGAGUUCGAGUGAAGAGGAGGAAAAGGAGAUAUCGAAAAGUUUGAGGCAUAAUGCUAGUUUGAAGGCGGAUUCUGAUUGCAUUACUGCUAAUUGGGAAGAAGAGGAGAAGAAUAAGUGUUGUCUUAGAUAUCAGAGAGAAGAAGCAAAAAUCCAAGCUUGGAUUAACCUCCAAAAUGCUAAAGCAGAAGCAAGGUCAAGAAAGCUUGAGGUGAAAAUCCAAAAGAUGAAAUCAAACUUAGAAGAGAAGUUGAUGAAGAGGAUGUCAGUGGUUCACAGGAAAGCUGAGGAAUGGAGAGAAACAGCUAGACAGCAGCACUUAGAACAAAUGGAAAAAUCAACCCAACAUGCUAAAAAGAUUAUUCAUAAGCAUAAUUCACAAUUUUCUAGGUACAACUCAUGUGGAUGUUUUCCUUGUAAUAACAACCAUUAACUAUAACAUGUUGUUUGGUUGAACAUUGACAAAAAUUGAUUUUGAAUUAAUUACUUUUAUAAAAAUCACCAUCAUCUAACCUAUGCAAUGGUAUGAACUCAUUAUAUGGUUAUCAAGACUAAUGAUGAAAGAAUCAAAUUUUGUGUACCAACAUAUAAGGUCUUGCU